AAUCCUGAGUAAGGUGGCCACUUUGACAGUCUUCUCAUGCUGCUGCUGCCACCUUCUUGGCCAGAAGAUACCAUUUCAACUUUAACACAGCAUGAUCGAAACAUACGGUCAACCUUCUCCCCGCUCUGUGGCCACUGGACCACCUGUCAGCAUGAAAAUUUUCAUGUAUUUACUUACUAUUUUUCUUAUCACCCAGAUGAUUGGGUCAGCACUUUUUGCUGUAUAUCUUCAUAGAAGGUUGGACAAGAUAGAAGAUGAAAGGAAUCUUCAUGAGGAUUUUGUUUUCAUGAAAACGAUACAGAGAUGCAACAAAGGAGAAGGGUCCUUAUCCUUACUGAACUGUGAGGAGAUUAGAAGCCAGUUUGAAGGCUUCAUCAAGAAAAUCAUGCUAAACAAAGAGGAGAAUAAAAAUGAAAACAACUUUGAAAUGCAAAAAGGUGAUCACAACCCUCAAAUUGCAGCACAUGUCAUAAGUGAGGCCAGUGGCAAAACAGCAUCUGUUCUACAGUGGGCUGAAAAAGGAUACUACACCAUGAGCAACAACUUGGUGACUCUGGAAAAUGGGAAACAGCUCACCGUUAAAAGACAAGGACUCUAUUACAUCUAUGCCCAAGUCACCUUCUGUUCCAAUCGGGAAGCUCCAAGUCAAGCUCCAUUUAUAGCCAGCCUCUGCCUGAGGUCCACUGGUGGAUCUGAGAGAAUCUUACUCAGAGCAGCAAAUACCCACAGUUCCUCCAAACCUUGUGGGCAACAAUCCAUUAACUUGGGAGGAGUAUUUGAAUUGCAACCAGGUGCUUCGGUGUUUGUCAAUGUGACUGAUCCAAGCCUAGUGAGCCAUGGGACUGGCUUCACGUCCUUUGGUUUACUCAAACUCUGAACAGUGUAACCUUACAGCACAGCAGUUAGGACCACCCCCUGCUGAACUGCCUAUUUAUAACCCUAGGAUCCUCCUCAUGGAGAACUAUUUAUUAUAUACCCCAAAGCAUGUAGGGCUGUAAUAAAUGAAUUACAGGGCCGUGAAAUUCAUUCAAAACGGGCCCUGCCCCCUAAGAGCUUAUAUUCUGAAGCAGCAACCCCACUGAUACAAACAUCCAGAGACUCCUAUGAAAAGACAAGGCCAUUAUGCACAGACUGAAUUCUGAGUAAACAGCAAUUAUCCAAGUUCUGUUUUGUACCUUUGCAUGCAGUGUCUUGCAGUGGACAAUGUAUUUGAUUUAUCAGUGAAAAUGGCAGAAGAGAAAUGGGGAAGCUCAGAUUACAUUCACUUAGGGUUGACUCUGGGCUCCUGGGGCCCUGAUGGAGGGGGCCGGACUCUAGAAUGUCUAGUGUGAUGGAGAACUGAAAAACUCUGCCCCUGCCACCCACCCUGACAGUCAUUCAUUCUCUUUCAAUCUCUCUCUCCGUCUCUCUUUCAAUUGUGCUUGUUUGCUCUCUUUCUCUCCUCUCAACCUCUCUCUCUCUCCUAAUCUUUUUCAAUCUCUCCCUCUCCCUUUCUCACACACACAGAGUCAGGUGGUUGCUAGCCAGUUACUUUCUUUCCCCCCGUCCCAAUCUUUCCCACUAUAGAUGGAGUGGGGGUGCAGCCCGAGCCUGCCUACUCCUCAUCAAGAAAUGACUAUUUAAAGGAAGUCUAUUGUAUCUAUCUGUAGUCUCUAUUGUUUCCAGAGUGAACUUGUAAUUAUCUUAUUUAUUUUUUCAA